GUGAUUGAGAAGCUAAUGCAAAGAUAUGGAUUGAAUAAUUAGGAGGUAUUACAAAGGCUAACAUAAAUUCAUAGCCGGGAAAGCAUUAGCCGGUAUCGUGCCGUGGCAGAAACUUUCUCCCAAACCAUGCCGUGAGGAAUCAAAUCAAAAGAGAGCCUAUGUUCAUCUUAUGUGUUUGAAUUCAUCAAGAGGGAAGAUGAUGAUUGAUGAUCAAGCAUAAUUUCCCUUGAGCAGAGGAGAACAAAUUCCUAUAUAAGAAGUAUUUUCCUGAUCUCUGAGUUCUUCAUAGGUCAUAUUACAUCCAUGGAAUUGAUUCUCGGCUAAUUAAUCGAGAAUUAUAUAUUAGUUUAAUGCUAAGGCAAAACUGCCCCUAGAACUCAGUGUAAAGCAGCAUGAAGGCUAGAUUCAUAAAUAGAUUGCUCAAGAGAAGAUUACCUUGACAUACUUUGUUCUAGCCACCGAAAAGCAUGAAUAUGACUCGUGAAUUUACCAUUAUUAAAGUGUUGUACUAAUUCUUAUCUUAUAUAAGACUCCAUAGUUAUUUGUUGACAUUUGACAAACUGGGAGUGUUUGUCGAGGAAUCUUAUACCUUCCCAGUCAACAGUGCAGAGAAUGUACAUGAAUUUUCUUUCUUCAAUGCUACAAAUUUGUAUUUAUGUAAAACAAAUAUUUUCUCUACCUUCCCGGUCGUGGCUCUGCUCUAUUAGUGUUGGGGUUGUUAGUAAAAUCUUGUUUGGAAGUGAAAAAGAUUGAUGAUUAUUGAGAUUGUUAGAUUGUUGAGGUCUGGAGGUAUUAGCCCACAAGUUAGUACAUGUAGUGCUUUGAUCUGGGAGGUUUCAAGGGAUGGAGGAAAGAAAGAGGGAUAUGGGGUUUUGCGGGUGGUUUUGGAGUCAUGAUAGUGAGAUAGGAAGAAAUGGGAAAGGGAUAGCAAGAGUUAACCAACCAUGGAGACUUGUGCCAUUUAUGUUUAGGGAAGGAUAUAAGCCAGGGGCUUCAACAAUUGAGGUGUGAUAUGACUCUGGGAUUAAGUAGGGUACUUGUGCCACUUAUAGCAGUGAGGAAACAUGAUGUUUCUCCAACAGAUAAGAGUUAUUAGUUCUUGACAAAGGGUUUGUGGGGAGGAAAGAAUUGAAGAAGUCUUAAAGGUUCAAGCUUUAGAUGGUAGCAAAGGGGUUUAAACCAACUAUGGAGACUUAUGGUGCUCUAAUUGAUGGAUAUAUGAGACAAGGAAAUGAUGAAAUGAUAGCACUCUUGAGAAAUGAAAUGUUAGAAACUCA